AUCAAAUCCAAAAUCUAGAAGAGAACGAACAGGGCCGACUUUUCUCCUCCGGCCCAACCUGAGUGAGAUCAAGUAGCCAAGUAGGCGGCGCAGCGCAGGUCGAGCUCCGGCAAGCCGCCGGCGAGGGCAGGGCCCAAUACCUUCCCUUCGACACCUCCACUUCCGGCCGACUCGUCCGGCCUGAACCCCAUGUUUGUGGGCGGGGGAGCGCGGUGAGUUUCGGGGGAAAAACGAUCAAAACGAAGCGGCUGCGUCGGCAACUCGGCAGCUGUUGAUUUUUGCGGCCGGCCCUGCGCCGCGCCGUGGGGAUCAGCCAGCCAUGGCGCUGCACGCGACGCCCUCGCGCGGCUCCGCGCACGCGGCGGCCGCGGAAGUAGAGCCGGACGUUUCGCGGGAAGGGGCGGGGGAAGCGCCGCGGCGGCCGGCCGCGUUCUACAGCUCGGUGUUCGCGCAGAUCGAAGAGGUCGGGUGGGAGCGGCUGGUGAGCGGCAAGGGCGACGGCGGAGUGUCUUGCCUGAUCUUCCGCGUCCUGGAUGACCAGGGACGGAACCAUUUACUGGAGAUCACGUUGCCAAUGAACUACCCUACAUGUCGUCCUUCCCUUGUGGCAGAUGUUCCUUAUUUACCAGAAAUACAGUGGUCAAAAGGCUCAAGGCUAAAAGAUGUUCUCUGCCAGUUCGAAGAGCACCUGAAGAUGUUGCAAGAUUACUGGUCUAUAAUGGAUGACAUUGAUAAAGUUCUUUGGGUUGUUGAUCCAGCAAAGCCAACCUAUGCUAUGUGUCAUCGCCGUAUAGCUUUAGGUGAUGAUUGCUAUGUUUUACUACAUGUCGAUGCGCGGAAGCCUAGAUCAUUGCCGGAGUGUCGCUUCCUGGGAACAGAUGGGAAACUGGACAAACUGAUAAUUAAUUGGAGAAAAAAUCGCAGGAAGUGGAGCGCAGACAAGAAAUUCCAUGAAAACCUGUCAACCGUCUUGGAUUUUGCUUUGCCUCCACCACCUUCAGUCAACAUCAAAGAUGACGAUCAAGUUGAUUGUGGAAUAUGUUAUGCCAAGCAUCUGCCAAUUGAUGAUGAACUUGGGACUCACAGCGGAGGCACGGCAGAUUACACAUGUGAAAACCCGAGCUGUAGUAGAGUUUUCCAUUCUGUGUGCCUGAGAGACUGGUUACGCGCGAUUACUACAACGAGGCAGUACGUCAAAAUGAUGAACACCUGCUUGGGACCAAAGACAAACACAUCACACAUGUUAAGAGUGAGGGGAAAAAAAAAGGCAAUGCAAGUGGAGUUUUGGGAUCCAAGAAAAUUAGCUCUAGGUCCAUCUCUGGAGAGUCACAGAACCGGCAGCCGCGGGAGCGGCCAAGUCAGAGUCUUGCAGAGAGAGGGAGGGAGGGGAGCAAGAAAAAUGGAGAAGAGAGAUGCGGAGAAGAAGAGCCCGCGUCUGCUGCGGCGGCUGGGGGCGGCGUGCCUGCCGCGGCCGGGGUGCUUCACGGUGUCCGCGGCAGACGAGGGCCCGUCCGGCUACGGCGCCGGCGAGGGGGGCGGCGGCGCGAGUAGGCCGGCACCGGCGCAUCUGGUCGUGACGGUCAAUGGGAUCGUCGGCAGUGCAGAAAAUUGGCGUUACGCAGCAAAACAUUUCAUUAAAAAACAUCCUGAGGAUGUGGUUGUUCACUGCAGUGGAUGCAAUGUAGCAGCUCGAACUUUUGAUGGAGUUGAUGUGAUGGGAAGAAGAUUAGCAGAGGAGGUGCUCUCAGUUGUUGAGUCUAGACCAGAGCUGCGGAAGAUCUCCUUUGUUGCCCAUUCAUUGGGUGGAUUAAUUGCAAGAUAUGCUAUCGCAUUGCUAUAUGAGAGUGCUACACAAACAGAUUCUCAUGAAGGGCAUGAGAAGCAUGUCACUGAUGUUUCCAGCAACCAACCUAUUGAUCGAGGAAAAAUUGCCGGUUUGGAUCCUAUUAAUUUCAUUACUUUUGCAACACCACACCUUGGAACAAGAUCACACAAGCAGAUACCCCUUCUCCGUGGUUCUUAUAAAUUGGAAAAGAUGGCAUAUCGUUUAUCGUGGAUUGCUGGGAGGAGUGGAAAACAUCUAUUCCUAAAGGACACUGAAGAUGGGAAACCACCACUCCUCCUUCAAAUGGUUACUGAUUAUGGUGGUCUCCAUUUCAUGUCAGCUCUUUGUUCUUUCAAGCGUCAUGUUGUUUACUCAAACAUUUGUAGUGAUUUCAUUGUUGGCUGGAGAACAUCUUCCAUACGCCAUCAACAUGAACUCCCCAAGCCCCAAAAUUUUAUAAGUGAUGCCAGAUAUCCACAUGUUGUAUAUGUGGAAGAACCAAAGGCUCAGGAUAUUGAUUUUUCGGAUUCAAUGAUAUAUCAGGCAAAAGCUACAAGUGAAAUGGAAGAAGUGAUGCUCAAAGGUCUGAACAGAAUUCCAUGGGAAAGGGUAGAUGUCAGCUUCAAGAAAAGUAGACAGAGGAUUUUUGCUCAUAGCACAAUUCAGGUCAAAACGUAUUUCUUCAAUUCUGAUGGUGCUGAUGUGAUUUUCCAUAUGAUCGACCAUUUUCGUUAUUAGCGUUGGUCGGGAUGGGAGGGUGACGGUAAUGAGGAAGCUCUCCAAAAUUUUUCUAAUUUUCUAUUCCAUUUGGAAAUUAGUUUCAAAUGAACAUGAUGAAGAAAUGUUUUUCAGGUUGUUAGAAUUGUUCUGGGAGAAGUACAGUAGAUCCCGUGGUGUUGGUUGUAUGCAUCCUAUAAAUUUUAGGCCUGCGAGGUUCACUAGCUGAGUGACAGUGUACAUGCAUGUAAUGGACCACAUUCUGUUGCUCUAAUAAUAAAAUCUACUGUGUGUUGCAUCUCGAA